GCUCGUUCAGUCGCGCACGAGAACCGAAGCUCGGAUGGGGAACUGACAGCAGGACGUCACAUCUCACAACCACAUUCACCCCAAAGCAGUUUUAAACGCCUUUUCUGACUGAAAUAUACACAACUCUGUGCGUUACAUUCUCGACAGUUGCGGGAUUUAUCUGUUGUGAGUCGCGUACUCACGCCGGACGAGGACGUAACUGGAAACGGGAGUUUCUGUGAAGGAGUGGAGUUUACUUUUUAGCCGACUGGCUAACUUGCCGUGAGACAUGAAGACUUCGGGUUUACAUUCAGACCGAGAAAGUUACAAACUCAAUAUUAAUUCGUAUCGACACUUUUAAACGCUGUAAGUUAGUUUAUGUGGCUCAAGCCGAACAAAUGUGCUGUGAAACACUGGACGUGUUUACGUAGAUGUUUACUGGAGUUUUCAUUAUUUUAUUUUACACACUUUUACAAUACUGGCGGCCGCCCUUCAGGAUCUAAAGUGAAGAAAGAAUGGCAGUGGAACCAAACGCACAGGGGCCCUAUGGAACAGAAAUUCUGCUGUGAACUUGAAUAACCUCUCGGCGCUGUGGAAGAGGGACUUCUUCCUUGAUUAGCUCUCCAUUCACAGCAGUAUCCUACAGCAAUGGCAGACAGACCCACAGGUUUCCUGCCGUGAUGUCUGCUCUGUGACGGCUGGCUCAAAUUGUAGCCUCGUUGUAAUGCUGGCCCUCGAAGUGGACGGUGGAAGACGAGGAGGGAAUGCGGUUGCAGGACGAACGGCAGGAAAACCUGCGGCGGCUCGGCCGGCUGGCGUCAACAUCAAGCAGAAAAUCUCCCAAUGGGAAGGACUUAGCCAACACGAAGAAGUCAAGGAGGGGAAAGUUAAAACACACUCUCGUACUCUUUCAGGGGACCUUGUCGGUAACGGAGUUGACAGUGACAAAGCAACCGUGUCAAAAGCUAAAAACCUGGGUUUGGAUUUCAGGGAAUACCAGGUAUCUCAGAGACCAGUUGUAGAUGGAGGGCACUCUGAUUUGUCAAGAAAUCGAACUCAUUUUAAUAAAUGUGUAACAACCACCCCUGCAACUAAGCCUGUGACCCAAGUCCAGUCCCCUGUUAAAACCCACACUCGUGCUUUUUCAGCCGACCUUGUUGGAAACGGAUUUGAAUGCAGCCACAAAAGUGACGGAGUACCUAACAAACCAACUGUGUCAAAAGCUAAAAGCUUAGGUUUGGAUUUCAGGGAAUACCAGGUGUCACGUAGACCAGCUGGAGUCCACUCUGACUCACCAAGAAUUCAUGCAAGUAAAUUUGUAACAUCAACUCCUGCAACUAAUCCGUUGACCACCGUGACCCAAGUCCAGUCCCCUUUAACUAAACUGAACGUUAGAAAUGUUAAAAGCAAUAAUGUGAGGACAAACCACUUUGCAGAUGUCGAAAUUACACCACUACCUCAGUGCCUGGAUGACCCAGAGGCGUCGCUGCCUCCCGGGAACUUUUACACCUCCAGGGGUUUCUGGAAAAGACUAGAGAAAGAUGAACCUUUCUGGGAGAGAGAAAAAGAUUCCUCAGCUGUGUCCAAAUGUCUUGAUGAAAUUGGACGCUGUCCCCAGAACCCCACUUCUGCUCCACCUAAACCACAGCGUACAUUUCAGUACAAGGGUGCAAGCAGUCCACCCGUCCAGUUGAUGCAGUGGGAGAAUCAGACCUCAUCAGUCAGUAAAUCAAGUCAAGUGCGGAGGAAUAAAAUCAUAUUAAAACCGCCCAGCUGUCCGCCUCCACCUUGUCCUGUAAACGCUGUCAACGGACUUUCCAGAAACAGAAAGAACAGGAAAUCUUUUGAGUUUGAGGACGUGGUACGGCUGACAGCCCAACAGGCCUCUAGAGAGAAGGAGGGCAGACGUUCUGGUCUUUUCCACGCCCUGUCUGAAGACAGCAUCUAUGAGGACAUCAUCUUGGACAUGUCAAAAGAUAACCCCUAUGAAGACAUCAAACUCUCCCCCAUGUGUUUACCCAUAAGACGGCCACGAAAUUAUACGGUUGUACAAAGACAGAGCCCACAUAUGAAGGUCUCACCGAAACCUUUCACACUAUCUAACGCCGACAGACUGUACAAUGUGGGACGGGACCACAGAGUAUCUGUCACCUCGCCCGCUCGUCCUUCUUCUGCAAACACUAGUAAAUCAUCCACAGCUAAACCUGCUACUGUGUUCAAGACACACCGACAACCCACGCUUGUAAACAGGAUCCAGGAGAUCUUUGAAGCCAAAAGAGGAAGAAAACGAGUAUGGGCGACAUCAAGCAGAGAGGAAUUGAGCGGAACGGAGAGCGAUCCAGAGGAGAGCUCUAAAGGUCGCUCGCAGCGGACAGUGUAUGUUCAGUCAACGUUGAAACGACGGCCGGGUUACCGCACUUUAGAGCGAGACUUGAUCCAGCUUCAACAGCAGCAGCUUUUCCAACAGUUUGUUGUGGUGUCGCUUAGAAAAGGUUCCUCUGGAAACACCUACACGCCCGAGAUUACGCAACAGUUCCCUACAAAGUUCGAGAAGUCUUCACGGUUGUCCCGCGAGGCUGAGGAUAGAUUGAAGGCCAUUCCAAAGUUCUGCUUUCCUGAUUGUCAAGAUUGGCGUCCCACCUCAGAUAACAGCAGUGAAACAUUUUCUUUUGUCCUCACGGGGGAAGAUGGCAGUCGCUUAUUUGGAUACUGUCGCAAAAUCCUGCCGAGUGGGAAGGGAAAGAGACUGCCAGAAGUUCACUGCAUCAUCAGCAGACUGGGCUGCUUCAAUCUGUUUUCAAAGAUCUUGGAAGAGGUGGAGAGGAGGAGAGAGAUUUCUCCUGCUUUGGUUCAUCCUUUCAUGCACAGUGUCAUGGAAGCUCCAUUCCCGGCGCCUGGACGCACCAUCUCCGUCAAGAGCUUCCUGCCGGGCUCUGGAAAUGAGAUUCUGACUCUGUGCAGGCCGGUGGACUCGCGUUUGGAACACGUGGAUUUCGAGGGCUUGCUGCAGUGUCUGAGUGUCACCACACUCUUGCAGGUCUUUGCUUCUCUGCUGCUGGAGAGGAGGGUCAUCUUUAUCGCAGAUAAACUCAGUGUCUUAUCUCGAUGUGCCCAUGCUUCCCUGGCACUACUGUAUCCCUUCACCUGGCAACACACCUUCGUACCCGUGCUUCCUGCCAGCAUGCUGGACAUCUGCUGCUCUCCCACACCCUUCCUGAUGGGGGCGCUGUCACCUUCCCUUCCUCAUGUUCUGGAUAUGCCCAUUGAGGAGGUUCUUAUUGUGGAUUUAUGUGCAGACAAGUUUGUUGUUCAGCUUGGAGAUGAAGACUGUAUCAUACCUAGAAAGCUGCAGGCAGCACUUCAGGAGAUACUCGAAAACAGGCAGGAGAUGCUAGAUCAAACCACAAGGGAUGAGAGAGAAGACGAGUCAGACCUGAGCACAUUGGUGUCAGAAGCAUUUGUUUGUUUCUUCGUUGAGCUGGUCGGACACUAUUCCCUCUAUAUGACCGACGGAGGGCCCGGUGGUGCCCGGGAGCUGCAGAGAGACGCUUUUAGGAAAUCUCAUCCUUCUCGAGGAGUUCGACAGUUCCUUCAGCUCUUCAUGGACACGCAGAUGUUUGCUGGCUUCAUUCACGACCGUGAGCUCAGAAAAGGAGGUGUUAAAGGGCUGUUCGAAAUGAGAGCUGCAGAAUAUCUGAAUUCCUAUCCUGAAACGGAGCUCAGUGGAGUCAACAGAUUUCUCAAGGGGCUUGGGAACAAAAUGAAAUUCUUGCAGAAGAAGUGAGGCGCUGUCCAAACAGCCUGAAAUCAUGCGUCACACACCAAGUAUGAACGGCUUUCUUACAAAUGUGCGAUGACUCAACCAGCUUCUCACAGUUCCAUAGAGGGCCUCAUGGGUGGAGAUGAGGUCAACACUAGAAUCAGCUUGUGCUGCCCCUUAAAAGUCUCUGGCUUGGAUUUGUAGUGCCAUCACACAAGAGGAAAAGGCUGGAAAUGAGUUUUUAAGCAAAAGGGACAAAGACGACUGAAUUAGAACUCCCAGGAAGAGGAGGAGGAGGAUGUUAUUGUUAUUUUGAUAAAUGAGGACAAUAAACUGAUUGUGAACUAGUUGUAACAAGGGUUGGGUCGACAGCAAUUUCAAAUGUCUGAAAUCGUCCAUAUCGUACCCUGUCUAUAUCUUUAUUUUCUUAUUGUUUUUAUUGUGCAAUGUAUUUUUUAUUAUAGUAGACUGAAAGAAGUCCAACUGGAAGAAAUUUGUCGUUUAAAGAGAAAAUAUAAUGAAAAAUGGAUUGUAUUGCUCUGUAAGAACUAAUGUUGAAUUAAUGUAGGAAUUCUCAUUUGCACAGAAAUUGCCUCUCAAGUUAAAUGGCAAAAAAAGUAUUUUCGUCUUUUACUAAAUAUCUAUGUACAUUCUAACUGCAGAGGCUUUUACAUUUUGUACAGUUUCAAAUAUUUUAUGUUAGUAACCUUUUGUAACAUGAAAAUAAAAUAUUUUCACUUUGA